AUGUACGCAAAGCCGGUGUCUCCUAUUGUAUCAUACAUAUUUUUUGGGAGGAUCGCUCAGUGGCUCCGAAUGCGACCUCCAACCAUGCUUCUGGAGCUGUGGAAUGAGACAGGAGUGACAUUUGGGAAGAAGGAUAAAAUGAAGGCGAAAAGGGUGGAGAUGAAGAAUCAGAAGAUGCCAAAAGUGACGUCAUCGUCUUCUGGAUUGAAUCUUCUGAAAUCGAAUAGUGGAAGUGGGAGAGCUCCGUUGGCUGCUCCAAUUAGUGCGAGGAGUUAUAUCAGUAUGGAUGACAUGAAACGAGAAGCAGCAAGAAGGAAUUGGAGGCGACUCGUCAAGAAAAUUAAUUCAAAUAAACAGAAUGGAGUGAAAAAUUGCGGCGGCGGUGAACGUGGACAACUCCGACAAGCCGGUCGUAAGAAAGUGCCAUCAGCCAUAUCAGUUCCACACGGGGAACCUGGUCCUCUGAUGCUCAGUGCAUCUGCAAUUUCAGCGUUUUCAGUGACAGGGGAUUCAACUAUUCUGGAGAGCAAGUUGAAGAGAAGAUACGCCCUGGAAUGGGAAUACCUGGCCUCGGUGCUGGACCGUGUCCUUCUAAUCGUCUUUUCAUUGGUCGUAUUCACUGUGACAUCAAUCAUGAUCCUGGUAGGAGAAGCUAUGCAUUUGUCAUACGAGCUUGCCGCUAAGGAGUUCUAA